AUGGCGGCGCUCGGGCGCGAGGCUGGGGCUGACCCGAGAGCUAAAGGUGUGUUGCCGGUGGGAGCUGGCGAAGUGCCCAAGGACAUCAAGACGGCAACAUACAUACAUGAUCAACCCAGUCCUUCUCUAGGACAUACAAUAUUCAGAAGACCAAUGGUCAUUGACAUAAUAGAAAAAAAAUUUGAGGAUCUUAGAAAAGAAAAGACUUUAAAUAUAUAUGGAACACUGAUCUUUGGAACAACAGCUAGUUUUUCUGGAAUGCUGGCAAACUUCAUUUUCAGACACUGCUUCAAGGUUAAACAUGGUGCUGUGAAGACAUAUGCAUCAUUGACUACACUUCCAUUUUUGUCUACUAUAGUUGCUUAUAAGCUCCUUGUUACAGAUGCUUUGUAUUCAGGUAAUAUAAGCCAGGAAAAUUGUGCUGUGAGAAGUUCCCUGGUUGGCAUUGUAUGUGGUGUUUUAUAUCCCACUGGUUUGGCUUUUUCUAAAAAUGGACGUCUGGCAGUAAAGUAUCACACUGUUCCUCUGCCACCAAAAGGAAGGGUUUUACUUCAUUGGGUGAUGCUUUGUCACACAGAGGUAAAAGGAAUGUUGAUUCCUCUGGUCUUUCAGAUGCUCUUUGGAGUAUUUAAUGGUAUACAACAUUAUGCAAUAUGUGAAAGUACAUUUGCAAAAACUGUACAUGAAGAUUAACCAAAGAAUGAAUGGACUUUUUUUAUGAUGAAGACUCCGGUAUUGCUGAAAGAGUUCAAAGUAAUUCUGGACAAUUUGUUUCUGUUCUUUUUGUCUAGUAUAUA